UGCCAGAGGAUCAGAGCAAAUUUCUGCUUCAAGACUGUUACAGGAGCCUCUUAUCAAGUGCAAUGAGUUACCUGUGGGUGUUGAAUGUAGGCUUGUUGGUGUUGUGGGUGGCAGGUGGGGUGGAUAGCCAUGGGCGGCUGAUGGAGCCAGUGUGUCGGUCGUCUGCCUGGAGGAAAGGCUUCAAUACCCCAAUUAACUAUGAUGACAACCAAUUGUAUUGUGGUGGCUUUGGUGUACAGUACAAACAAAAUGACGGCAAGUGUGGCGUGUGUGGCGACAAUUGGGCCGACCCCCAGCCCAGGGACAACGAGGCUGGUGGCACGUAUGGCACUGGACUCAUUGUUGCCAACUACACCAGGGGACAGGACCUAACAGUUGAGGUAAAUCUCACCAGGAACCACUUAGGAUAUUUUGAAUUCAGUCUGUGUGUCAACAACGAUGUCACCAAGAUCAUCACACAGGAGUGCCUGGACGAGCACCUCCUUGAGCACGCUGACGGCUCCGGCACCAAAGCUUACAUUUAUGCUGAUGAUCCCGAGUGGCAUAAAACUACUGUGAAGCUGCCAGAUGAUGUGGUAUGCACCCAAUGUGUUCUCCAGUGGCACUACCACACAGCAAACAGUUGGGGAGACUGUGGGAACGGCACUCAGGCACUAGGCUGCGGCAACCAGGAGAUUUUCCGUGGCUGUGCUGACAUUGGGAUCUACUAGUUACUGCAGUUAUUACUUCUCAUAAUGCCUGGGUUAAAUACAGGAAUGUCUGUCAAGUUUUUGUCACAGAUGGACUUCUAGUAACUUGUCACCUGGUUCUUCAGAAUGGCUUUUCCUAAGCUUUUGGUUGUCACUUCACACAUCAAAGUGGACAUCUCUCAUUUUUCUUGGGCCCAUAUAAGACUCCUGGCAACUUCACCAAUCAUCAUUUAAAACUAGUCUAAUAAAAUAAAUUUUAAUUCAGGAGAGGCCUUACCAGGGAAAAUAAUCAAGGAAUAGGAGUCCUGAAAUGAUGCGGAGGAUGACUUCAGUGCUGUACUGUACAGUAAUGUAUUGUAGAAGUGUCAAAAUAUAAAUAGUAAUACAACAUUACAUACAAAGAAUGUAAUGAUUUGGGUACAGUGUUAUGGCAAAGAGCGACCAUGUACAUUUAAUAAAAGAAUGGUUAGUAAUAGACUAAGAUUUAUCACAGAACAGUUUCUAGAACAAAUAUUUUAGAUACUGCCAAACUAAAUUCAUAAAUAUUAAAAAAAAAAAUACUACGUACUAUGAAUAUCACUAACCCUCAAAUACAAGGAACUAUUUCGUGUUUGAGGGUGAAUUACAUGAUCAGGAACCUGUGAACAAAACCGAGAAUUGAGUAAUAUGGUCAAUGAAGAGGGUAGGGAUGUAGUGUAUAUGUAAAACUGAUUCAUAGGUAGUAGGUACAUGUAGUAGGUAGCUAUCAAACAGGCAUUAAAUACAUUAAUAAAUAAUUAGUGUUCAGGAAAUUAACACACAAAGAA